UUCCCCCCCUUGAAAUCUAAAAUAGUGCGCUGCAUUUGACUACCUUCUGCUGCCGGAGACGCAGCUUUGCUGUUACUGCUGCAUGCUUUUGACCUCUGCGUUAAAUCUCCUGUUUAUAAACUUCAGCAUAUUUAAAAUAUAUAAUGUAUCAUAAAACGUGUGACUUGGACCUUGGAAAUUGAGCUGGAGCUGAUACAACAUCUGCGUGUCACUUUACCACAACAUGCGGUUAAAGCCACGGCUGCUGUAGAAUGAAGAGCCCGGCUCACCGCACAAGGGACAUCGAGCGCCAGGCUGGUUACCUGAGGCCUGAACACUGCGCCCCUCCCCCUCCUCACAGUGCCUCUGACACAAUGUGGUUCAUCCGUGACGGCUGCGGGAUCGUGUGUGCCGUCAUUACCUGGUUGCUGGUCUUCUAUGCAGAGUUCGUGGUGGUGUUCGUAAUGCUUUGGCCUGCCAAGAACGUGGCCUACAGCCUCUUCAAUGGGGUUCUCUUCAACAGCUUAGCCUUCCUCGCCCUCGCAUCUCACGCCAGGGCCAUGUGCACUGACCCGGGAGCUGUGCCAAAAGGAAAUGCAACCAAAGAGUUCAUUGAAAGUCUCCAGCUCAAACCAGGACAGGUGGUCUACAAGUGUCCUAAAUGCUGUAGCAUCAAGCCUGACAGAGCUCACCACUGCAGUGUGUGCAAACGCUGCAUCAAAAAGAUGGACCACCACUGUCCUUGGGUCAACAAUUGUGUAGGAGAGAACAAUCAAAAGUACUUUGUGCUCUUCACGAUGUACAUUGCGUUAAUAUCGUUCCACGCGUUGGCCAUGGUGGGGUUCCAUUUUGUAUUCUGCUUUGAAGAAGAUUGGUCAAAGUGCAGUACCUUCUCUGCGCCGGCAACCGUCAUCCUCCUCAUCCUGCUGUCCUUCGAGGGCCUUCUGUUUUUACUCUUCACUGCAGUCAUGUUUGGGACGCAGGUGCACUCCAUCUGCACCGAUGAAACGGGUAUCGAGCAGCUGAAAAAGGAGGAGAGAAAAUGGCUCAAAAAGUCCAAAUGGAUGAACAUGAAAGUGGUAUUUGGUCACCCGUUCUCCGUGGCUUGGCUCAACCCUUUUGCGACGCCCGAUCACGGCAAGGCAGACGUAUACCAGUAUAUAGUGUGAAGGCUGAGCUUUGCGGUAAAGACCCCAAACCAUGUAUUCCUCCAGAAAUGGAUAUUUUAAAUGAAAUAAUUUGUAAAACUGCCCUUCACUAUGUUGCGUCCCUGCUGAUGUUUGUGAUAUUUACCUUUGUCACAACGUGCAGUAUAAAGCCAGGAGAUUUUG